AUGUUAAUCGCCAAUCUGAAAAUGCCAAUACUGCAGCGCAAGUCACCAAGCAUCUAUUCCGAAUUGGAAGGUGCUGUCGACAGUGAUGUUACAUCAGCAUUUAGUCUUGGGACUGUCAAUUCCGAGAGUGAGAACAGCCCACCCUGUAAAGAGCAGAAAUGCAGUGCAUCGAAUACUGAUCUAAUUAGUAAAUCGAUUGAUAAUAGGGAGGAUGCAGAAGCUUUUCAACUAGAUUCGCAAAGCAACCGUUAUACUCUACCAGAAUUGCCAAUGCCAACGCCUACACCAAUGACGGCACACACUACUACCCCUCGAGGUAUAUUGAAGCAAAAACCCAUGUCAUCGCAUAGGCGGGAGAGUAUCGCACAGAGCCAAAAUACAAAUAUUCGGCCUAAAUCUACGUGUAAAGUUUUAACUCCCCACUAUGACAGACAACGGUCACAACAAAAUCCGUCACCGCAGCCAGGUAGGAGAGGAUCCUUCGCGCCUCGUACUCAGAAUCCUCAAAUACGUAAUACUCGUAUAUCCAUGGGAGAAGGGAAUGGACAGCUGACGACUCCUGCAUAUAGUGAAAGAAGAAAGUCCAUUACUAGCAAUAUGAGAGAAGGGAAUGGACAGCUGACGACUCCUGCAUAUAGUGGAAGAAGAAAGUCCGGUGCUAGCACUGGAACCUGUGCAGAUUUUAUAUCCAGGGAACCAUUGAGCACGCGAGGACUCAAAAAGAAGCAGCAUAAACGGGUCGCAUUCAGUACCAAUGCCGAUGUGGUGAAUGAAACAUACGACAAUUGUGUGUACGAGAGAGGCUGUAAAAAAACAACUGCCAAGUAUUCUUCCAAGUUGACGGACAUGAAAAUAUACAAAGUACUCUGCAAAUACAAAUUCACUGAGAUGCCGAUGCAUCAAGACUCAAUCCAAAACAUUGAUUUCCGCAUGGCGCAUGUCCAAGGUGACGAGAUGAAGGCACAGAAGAAAGUUUUGGCAAAAUUGGGAUACCGAAUUCCUUCAAGGAACUCACAGUCGUUAGUGAAUUUUACACAAAACCAGCGGCACCCAAGUGUAUCCUCGCUUCGCAAAGUUGCGCAAAAUUAA